UAGAGGCGUUGCCGCGUCUCAGCUUUACACCAGCGCAGUAACUAUUCAUUUACAGUCCUUCGCUCCCUCCAGCAGUUUAAUACUCCUUAUUUUCCUUAAAAUCGCUGGAACAAGUGUUCGACAUGGCCAACUACAUCCACGUACCCGACGAGGCUCCCGCUGUUCCGAAAAUAGAUGUCACGGUUGACGAGAACGACUUCAGAUCUGGUGCGCUGAGACUCAUCAAGGAAUUGAGACCUAAUUGGAAGCCGUCUGCGGUCAAAAUUAAGUUCUUCACAGAUGGGAUCACCAAUAAAUUGCUGGGCUGCUACAUGGAUGGAGUCAUGCAGGAUGUAGUUUUAGUCCGCAUUUAUGGCAAUAAAACUGAACUAUUGGUGGACCGGGAAAAUGAGGUAAAGAGUUUCCGGGUCCUCCACGCACACCGCUGUGCUCCACAACUUUACUGCACCUUCAACAACGGCCUGUGUUACGAGUUCUUACAGGGAACUGCCCUGGAGCCUGAGCAUAUUCGCAGCCAGCCAAUGUCCAGGCUUAUCGCGAGGCAGCUGGCCAAGUACCAUGCCAUUCAUGCCCACAAUGGCUGGGUACCCCAAUCAGACCUGUGGCUAAAGAUGGGCAAGUACUUUGCUCUCAUUCCCAAGUGUUUUCAAGACCAGAAGAACACAAGGCUGACUGUGGAGGUGCCCAACCCGCGACGCCUCUGGGAGGAACUGCUGUGGCUCCAGCACAGCCUGUCGGUGCUGGGCUCCCCCGUGGUCCUCUGCCACAACGACUUGCUCUGCAAGAACAUCAUCUAUAAUCCGGAAGCAGGCAAUGUCAAGUUCAUUGACUACGAGUACGCUGGUUACAAUUAUCAAGCCUAUGACAUUGGGAACCAUUUCAAUGAGUUUGCUGGCUUGAAUGAGGUGGACUAUAGCUACUAUCCGGAGCGGAGCUUGCAGUUAGAGUGGCUCCGCUCCUACCUUGAGGCCUACAAGGAGCACAAGGGCCAGGGCACAUGGGUCACCGACAGAGAGGUGGAGAUCCUCUAUGUGCAAGUCAACCGAUUUGCUCUGGCAUCGCAUUUCUUCUGGGGUCUGUGGGCUCUGAUUCAGGCCAAGUUCUCCACCAUCGACUUUGACUUUUUGGGAUAUGCAGUCCUCCGCUUCAAUCAGUAUUUCAAGAUGAAACCAGAGGCAGCUGCACUGAACUUUCCAGAAUAACGGCCUCAACCCCCACCCUCUCCCUCCAUUCAUUCUCUGGUUCUCCUCUUGUCCCUACUACUUCACCUUGCUCUGUGAUCCACACAAUGACUGUAGAGCGCCCUCUAGGGGUCUGCAUAGUGAAGUGCCAGACUAAGUGUCGUUCCUGCCCGGUGCCUUUUAAUUUGCUCUCCAUCUCAUUGUUUCUACUGACCGAAUUACUCAACAAUAUCUGAACUCUUCAUCAUCUUAGUCCACAGCGUCUGUAGUUGGGGCAUAUGUCAAGUAGAAAACUAGCUCUUGGAAGCUCACUACUGUCCUUUGGUCUAAAAACCACAUGACUACCAGUGACAUUAAUAUUAACAAUGCUUCCAUCAAUUUUUAUAUGAAUACGACGUUAAUGGGUUGAAUAUGUCUGGUGCUUUUUCCCGGCUGUUCAAACCCGUUUUACGCUGUAGGGACUGUGGCAUAUGUCCUUGUUCACUGCCCGUUUGGCAUUCACUUGGUUGACUGGCAAGUUGUCAGUCUUGGUCAGAUCUAGUUCGAUCUGUCUGUAUCAGUUUUGCACUUACUCAAAAGGAAGCACUACAAGAGCCAACCUAGCUGAUGACCAAAUUCUUGAAUAGCAGAAGAGCAACAAUUUGUUUCCACGUAAGAACCAAGUCGAAACAGUGCUGCGCCAAAAUUGAUGUUCUUGCUUUGGAAAAGGGCAGUGCCCUUCCUUAACCCCCAUUGUGACUUUGCCCUUUGUCUUUCCCACAGUUUUAAUGGUGUACUGGAAUAGUCACGUUAGUCACUAGUUGGUGAAGGUCUGCUUGCAGUGUCUGUUUGGCUUUGCAGACUGAAAGUAGCAACUUGCAAGGACCAACCAUAUUUGUUAAUGUCUAAACUCUCCCCCUGAGUUCAAGAGACCUCUUCUGUGCAGAGAACUGGACUGUCAUUUGACUCAAGGGAGAGUUGUUGGGAUAACACUAAUGCUGCACUGACUGUAAUGUAGGCGUCACGGAAGCAUCACGUUUAUUUGAUGAGUGGGAUUUUGCCGUGACCUUGAUUGUUCAAGAACAACUUUGCACCAGUUUGUUUAUUUGAACAUUUCAUCUUCACAUGGUAGAAAAAGAACUGAAGUUGUGGACACACUGUUUGUUGGACAGCGUCAUGGAGUGACUUGUUUUUCACACUGUAGUUUGAGCUAAGCCUCACUGGGUAAGACCCAAGUCCAGACAGAUCCGAUAGCAGUUGUGGUUAGAACAUUAGAACAGGUUUCCUACAGUGGAAGUGGGCAAAGUCUUGAAAACUGAGGGGGAACAGAAUUUUAUAAUAUCUAGGUCAGCAGAGGUUUACAGGUCACAAAAAACAAUGGGAGGUUACUGCUGAUCAAUCCCUAAGAACUUAUGACUGCACAAUCUAUUUACUUGCACACAAACUGACAUUUUGUAUACUGUAAUGAUGGUAUAAUCGUCAGCUUUAGCAUUAUUUGGACUUUUGCACAGUUAAGUUGUCCAGAAAUUAACAUCAACAUGGAUCAUAUUAAACUGUAGUUGAAAAAGUUUGCAAUUUCGAAAUGGAAAACGUGUAGAAAUCCUGUUGUCCAUAUGGAAGGAACUCUGGUCUAAUCGUGGUCUGAGAGAGCAGUAUGUAUUCAAAGGGGCAGGUGACUCGCCUGUGAGCGGUUUCUCUUUUGGUGCUGAAGUAGACCCCUCGUAGUUCACACAGCAGCUUGCCAUCUCUGAAUGGAGGACCAACAACUUUGGUUAUUGUCUUUCUCUGUCCAAAUUAAUUUCCAUCCCUACCACGAUACUUAACUUUUUGUGUAUCGUUUGUUUUUGUUUUUUUAGUAGAUUUAGCUUAUUUGCGACAGUUAUGUGAUUUCAUCUCUUGGUUUCAAAAUUGAGCCUACACCAAAGUGCUUUUUUUGUUGUUGCAUGUAUCUAACGCACAUUGUAUUUUUUUCAUUUAGCAAGAAAAAGACAUAUAACAACUAAAUAUACUUUUUAAAAUGGCAGUUUUUAUACUUAUUUAAAUGAAAGUGUUUGGGAGAAAGUCUUAGAGAAUAUGUUGGUGUUUGAUAAUGCAGCUACAGAUGACUUUUGGGCAAAAUGUUUCCAAAAAGGGUAUUGAAUAUCUCGAAUGCUUACAGAGCAUGUGAUGUAGCCUACUGAGGUACUCCAACAAUCUGAAAUCCCCUCUCCCACAGUAGUUUCAUUGUUAAAAAAACAUCUCGCCAUUUUGCCCAGACGCCCUCUGCUGUGACAACACUGCCUCAUGCGGAGAGCUUUAGUGACUAGUAGGUGGUCCCAUGGCCAGUUAACCUACCAUAUUCAGGGAUCACCAAAGAUGAAGGCAUAGACAUGGCAGUCUUACUCGAAUGCCUGGGAAAAGUCUCGAUUUGUACUUUGCCUUUGAAUUUAUGAAGUUCGGACAUGUAUCAAUACUCCUGACUUAUAAAUAUUUGCUGUCCGUCUUUCAUAGCGGGAAGUCAGAUGGGCCUGAAAUGGUUCAGUUUGGACAUAAUCCUAGCUUAAAAAAAAAAACUGUACAGGCGUACUCCGGCUCUUGAUGUUGAUGUAAAUCCUCUGUCCCUUUUUGAUUGGGGGAAAAUGGCUGCCACCACAGUGUGCACCAGUCGAGCUGGAAUUGGGUCUGGGGAGAUUAAUGUUUCUGUUUGGUGUCUUGUCGCUAUACUGUCAAGCCAUGUUCACGCAAAAACGUGCACUCAGUUUGUCAAAUUCUACUGCCACAUAAUUGUGUCAGUCAGGAUAUUUUGAUACAUACUGUUGAGAUAUCCUCUUAUGAUUUCUAGCCGUUUUCUGGUGUCUUCUUCCCACCCGUCUCAGAACAGUAAAAUUAAUGCAAAACCACUGAAAUGUCAUCUCAUUACUUCUUAAAAUAUAAAUCCCCCACUACACUUUGGGAGUAUGUGUAUUUAACGUGAUAAAGCAGCAUCACUUGGUUUAAGCCUUUCGUUUGGUUGCUGUUGCAUAUGUUUAUAUGUACAUUUAAGAAAAACAUGUCUUUGUGUUAAAUGUGAAUGAAUGUACAUAACAGGUGCACUUUGUAAUUUCUUUUCUAAAAGUCUCAUUAAAGUUGAUUAGUUACCUUGGAUUUAAACUGUGAAAUGUAUCAUUUUAAUAUAGGCCACUGUAAACAUGCUUUAAAACAAUAAAGUAUAUUUACCCUAUACUGA